GCCGCCGAGCGGCCGCCUUCCUGCCGGCGCGGCUCCUCCUCCGGACGGGCAAUAUGGUGGCGGAGGCGGCGCAGGGGGAACGGUGAGCAGGCGCCGGUGUCCUCUCCCGCACCUCUCUCCCUGCCUAACGGCGGCCGCCGCUUUCCCGCCCGCCUGGCGGGUGUGCCCAGCGCGGCUGGCGAUGCGGUCGGCGGGGCCGCCGGGCUGUGAGUGAGCGCGCUGCCCAUGUGGGUGUCCCGGUGAGGCCGGGGGGCAGCGGGAAGAUGCUGCUGUCGCUGGUGCUGCACACGUACUCCAUGCGCUACGUCCUGCCCGCCGCUGUCAUGAUGGGCACGGCGCCCACCUACAUGCUGGCCUGGGGCGCCUGGCGGCUGCUCUCCGCCGUGCUGCCCGCCCGCUUCUACCGCGAGGUGGACGACCGCCUCUACACCAUCUACCAGAGCAUGGUGCUCUUCUUCUUCGAGAACUACACGGGCGUGCAGGUUGGGAAGAUGGAAGGGAUUGCGACAUCGGUCGUGCUCUGUCAGCACUCAAUGGCAGCCUCCCUGGUACACCUGAACACGGUAAUAAUCUAUGGGGAUUUGCCAAAAAAUAAAGAAAAUGUAGUAUAUUUAUCAAAUCAUCAAUGCACAGUUGACUGGAUUAUUGCAGACAUGCUGGCUAUCAGGCAGAAUGCUCUCGGGCAUGUCCGAUAUGUCCUGAAAGAUGGGUUGAAAUGGCUCCCGCUGUACGGGUGGUAUUUUUCACAGCAUGGAGGAGUUUAUGUAAAAAGAAGUGCCAAAUUCAAUGAAAAAGAAAUGAGAGAGAAGUUGCGGGCCCAGAUGAAAGCUGAGACUCCGAUGUAUUUAGUGAUUUUUCCAGAGGGGACUCGUUACAAUCCAGAAAUACCAAAAGUCAUUGCAGAUAGUCAAUCAUUUGCUGAAAAGGAAGGACUUGCUGUAUUAAAGCACGUGCUGACGCCACGUGUGAAGGCAACUCAUGUAGCCAUUGACACAAUGAAAGACUAUCUGGAUGCAGUGUAUGAUGUGACUGUAGCUUAUGAAGGUACUGUGGACCACAAAGGGCAAAGAAAACUGGCACCAUCUAUGACAGUUACAGGCAUGUUUAUGCUUUGGAGCUUCUCUUCUUCCCUCACUUUCCCUGGGAAUGCUGAUAAUUCAAAACAGAACGAAUUGACUUUUGAAGAGUUUCUUUCCAAGGAAUGCCCAAGAGUUCAUAUUUUCAUUGAUCGAAUUGAACUGAAGGACAUUCCAGAAGAACAGAUGUAUAUGAGAAGGUGGCUUCACGAACGUUUUGAAAUAAAGGAUAAGUUACUAAUAGAGUUUUAUGAUGCAAAGGAUUCUAAAAGAAGAAAUAAGUUCCCUGGGAAAAGUGUUCAUUCCAAACUAAGCCUCAAGAAAAGUUUGCCAUCUUUGCUGUUUUUAGGUGGCCUAACUGCUAGUAUGCUUCUGACAGAAUCUGGAAGGAAACUUUAUGUAAAAACAUGGAUAUAUGGGACUUUAUUUGGCUGCCUGUGGGUUAGUAUUAAACCGUAAGCAGAUGUUAGUCUCCAGUCAGUGCAAUGUGCAGUCUUUUCUGGCACAUUGCACCAAACUUUUUCCUGAGUUUAUAGCAAAAAGUGUAAAAAAAGCCUUAUUGAUCGAACAUUGGAAAUAUUAGAAUUUGUGACUUAAGCCUCUAUGCGGUUGGUCUGGGGAAAAUAAAUGUAGAUUUUCACAUUUGCUACUGAUUUUUGCUGGAAUAAUGGCAGAUAAACCGAGUCAUAUGAUAAAUUGCUUUCCCCUUGAACUAACAUCCAUCUCUGUCUGCAGAUUUGAUGAAGUUAUGCAUAAGGGUGUCUUAAGUGGACCUGUGAAUGUAUUUACAGAGAUUAAUUUAGGUAUAUAUUUAUUCUUCUGAUGUUCAUGUUGAAUUUUCAUUACUCUGGUGCAUUGCAGCAGCUCAUUUGUAUCUAUCCCAGCUGUAUCACAACUAAAAUAAAAACUUUUCUUUUUUUUUUUUCUUUCAUUCUUACUUUGCGGUUUUAGGUAAAUACUGUGUUCUUUAAAAGGGACUAUGUAAGCUGGCAAAUCAUGAGAUAGCACCUGAAGCAGAAUAAAAUGUUCCUGAGAACUUCUCUUCGGGGGGAAGAAGCUCUGUUUAUCUAGUGCACGAUUUUUUUAUUAUAUUGCAGUAUUAGCUGAUUAUUUUACGGAUGCAAAACAUUAAAUUUUACGGAGCAAAGAGCUUAUUUUGCGCACCCUUGUAUUUGUGCAUAAAAGGAGCGUAUGCAGUGUAAUGAAAUGUUAAGUUUUUGUUUCUGGCCUAACCAGACUGUAGCCUACCUUGUGUCUGCCUUGUCCCUGGCGCCUCGAGAGUUUCAGCUGAGCUCACAGACCUUUCGUGUGUCCGUGCCAUAAGCAGCUGUGAAUGCUCAGAAGUUUCCUGUUACCUCACGAUUUUCUGCAAGCAAACUCCGUCGUUUGGGUAAUGCACAGAAUUACUGUAACUUCGGGAGCAUAAGGGUAUGGUAACGAGGAACCUUCAGAUGUUCCUGCUAGAUCCGAAGCCCGUGCCUUUUCCUGCUAGUCUCAUUUAGCCUGGUGUUUCGUCAUCUGGCGGUCGUCUCCAUGCUGUCACGUCACACUAGAUUCUCAAACUAUUCUUGGCGAUGCAAACUGCAGUUGGAUUAAGUUACAGGGUUGAUGUACACGAUUUUCACAAUAGUCUAGUAGUAAAAGAAAUGCAUAUCCUGUGAGUAUUUCACCUGCUUGAAAAUACACUUCAAAAAAGCAAAAUCAACAAAGCCUUGCUACCAGAAAGUCUGCAUUUCCCACGGCUGGUAUUUCUGUUGGGGAAACACCAUUUCCUGGUAGCAAGGGAAUGGUCUCAGUGCACAGCAAUGGACUAGGAAAGAGGAUGUACUUUCUCUUCUUCCAUUAGGGAAUUGGACUCCUUGUAUCAAAAUGAAAGAACUAGAGAAUAUUUUUGUAUCCCACUUGCAGGCUUUAAAUGUGCAUCUCUUUUUAGCUGCCGUGCAAUUUGUCUUGUGUUAGAGUCCAACGAGUUAAAUGUCUCUGAAAAUAAUAACUUAGUUUUUCAGAUUCCACCAUUGCCAGUUAAUUAAAGAUACUGCUUUUACUGUGUGGUUGGGGUUUUUUUACAGAAUUUUAUAGCGUAAUUACAGUUCCAUCUUAAAAUCAUGAGGUACGACUUUCAGUUUGCAGUUCUGUGUCCUUCCAUAAUGGAUUUUGUCACUGGAGUUAUUUAUAUCAGUGAUUGAUUCAGGAUAUGUUGAUGAACUUUUUAAAAACAAUGACUGGGAACAGUGUUGAAAAACAGUAUUGUUAUGAGGCUGUGAAACCAGAAAAAAAAGCCAUUUUAUGUAACAGCCAAAUGUGUUCACAUGUAGUUCUUCCUAUUCUCGGCUGACCGUUCCCAGUGGGUAUAACCAGAAAGCCGUGUUCCUACGUUACUGUGAUUUUUCAAUCAUGGAAUGAAAUUUUACUCUGAGAUGACUACAUUUCUUUGUAACCGCUCAGAAUAACAUUUAAUUACACAUGAUAAAUAAAUGCAAACUGCUUAAUUCAUUUGUAGAAAAGUAACUGCUAUUUUGGAGAGCCUAACUACCAUGAAAUAUUGGAUCUCUCUUGCUGUUUAAGAACCAGGAAUAUAAUUGAUGCAGUGCAGCAACCAACCAGGAUGUUUAUUUUGAACCUUAUUCUCUAUCUUAAUUUUUUUUUCUUGCAAUUAAUUUAUAAAGAUUUGAAACUGUAAUUUGCUGAUGUAUUUGGUGUUGGGAGUAUCACAUGCUAUUUCUAAAUAUGCACUGAUAUUAACUUGAAAUAUUUCUUCAUUAAAAUAAGAGCCAAUGCUCAUUCAACUUUUC